CAUUCUGCACUCUACACAACAGGCAAAGCACUUGGUGUUCUGGAGAGAGAGAGAGAGAGAGAGAGAGAGAAGAAGAGAGAGAUGGAGAAUAUAGAGCAUAAAACAGUAAGCGUGAAUGGAAUAAACAUGCACGUAGCAGAGACAGGAGUGGGACCCGCAAUUCUGUUUCUUCACGGCUUCCCUGAGCUCUGGUAUACUUGGCGCCACCAGAUGCUCUCUCUCUCAUCCCUCGGCUACCGCGCCAUCGCUCCUGACCUCCGCGGCUUCGGCGACUCCGACGCGCCGCCUUCCUCUUCCAGCUACACCGCCCUCCACAUCGUCGGCGACUUGGUGGGCCUGUUGGACUCGCUGGGCCUGGACCAAGUCUUCCUGGUGGGCCACGAUUGGGGGGCUGUCAUAGCAUGGAACUUUUGCUUGUUCAGGCCCGACCGAAUCAAGGCUCUUAUCAAUUUUAGUGAUGCGUUUCAUCCCAGAAAUCCUUCCAUAAAGCCCACACAGGGUGUGAGGGCUCUGUUUGGUGAUGACUAUUAUAUGUGCAGGUUUCAGGAACCAGGGGUGGCAGAAGAUGAAUUUGGGAGGACUGAUACAGCCAAGGUGUUUAAAAUGUUUCUAUCAUGUAGGGAUCCGAGACCACUUUGUGUGCCAAAAGAGGUUGGAUUUGGGGCAUUUUAUGAGCCUCCCACUACUUUGCCCUCUUGGUUGACUGAGGAAGAUGUCAAUUAUUAUGCCACCAAAUAUACCCACAAAGGUUUCACUGGUGGCCUCAACUACUAUCGAGCUAUGGACUUGACUUGGGAGCUCACAGCACCAUGGACAGGGGUACAAGUGCAAGUUCCAGUUAAAUUUAUUGUAGGGGACUUGGACAUAACCUACAAUAUCCCAGGUGUGAAGGACUACAUAAACAAUGGGGGUUUCAAGAAAGAUGUGCCUCUCUUGGAUGAAGUUAUUGUGAUGGAAGGUGUUGGUCAUUUUAUCAACCAAGAAAUGCCUGAGGAAACCAGUGCUCACAUAUAUGACUUCAUACAAAAGUUCAAGAAUUAAGAUCUAGUAGUGAUUUAUAUUAUGAUGCAUCUUUUCAUGCCCAUGUUCUUGGAAGCUUUAUAUAAUUAUGGAAUAAUGUUUUAUAAGAAAUAACACCAAGGGAUUUUUGGUUCCCAUUUGACUUGUUUCAUUUGAGAAUGUAAAAUGAAAUGCUAAGUUUUCUUUGAAAA